GUGGAGUACCUAAACGAUACUCCAAUCAAGUAUAAUAGCCAAGGAAAUAAAACGUUAGUAAAAGUUGAAUUGCACGCGUGGGUUUGUAUUCCAAAUCGACAGCAUAUCUCAAUAUUGGAUAAAUUAACAACCUUAUUCAAGAACCGCGCCCUAAGUUUAUGGUGUCAAGUCGUAAAGUCUCGAGUCUUUAUUAUAAUACCAGUCCUCUUAGGACUUAGUGUAGAUCAA